CUCCAAGAUGAAGUUCUUGUUUCAGAUACUGAAAGAUUGAGCAUGACCCACUCCAAUGUUAAGAAGCUGCAAAGACAUUUCCAAGCUGACACAUAUCCCUGGAUCCAACGGUUGAAGCAUCAAGAGCUUGUUAUUGAGAGGCGCCUCCUAAGGAUCAUGAGAAUAGUGGAGGCGUUGGAAAACCGGGGUUUCCGUGUUCCGUUAAUGAAAGAGGAAGCCGAUUUAUAUGAAAGAUUGGUUGCUAUAAUAAAGCAGAUAAAAGGAACCGGCGGUGAUCUGUCGAAGAGAGCUUAUAAUCUUCUUUCAACCUCACGUGUUCUUGCAAGCGCCGGCUGCGCUAGUGGUCCCAUCUAUAUUCCGAGUUCAACCAAAGUCGAUAAGCAGAAUGUUACCGAGCUUCUUGAGGCAUUGCAACAGCAGACCGAAGCAGUUGCGAAGUUAGGCAACGUACUAAAAAGGGAUACCAGGGACGUGGAAAUUGUACUUUCGGAAGACACGGAUAUGGAAGAAGACAGUUCCGGGAGAAGGGCAUUUAAGAUGUAAAACUGAAGCCUGGUCUCCAUUUAGGUACCUAUAAGCAGAGGAAGAUCCGUCUUAUCAUCAAGGGCCGGAGCCUCCAGUCGAUGGGAUUGUGUUGUCUGGAGUCUAGAUGAACUUUGAUCUUAACUGUUGCUGUCGUCAAGCCAAAUGUGAAAUCAAUUUGAGCAUCUGUCUUGAAAUAACCAUACUCCUCGGAUAGUUGAGAGAAUUCCUCAUUUGGCGCUUUCUUGAAUUUGCUUUCCUAUUCUGCCCAAAAUAAGAAUUUCUUCCCUAUUUGACACUAAGUGCCAAUUUUCUUCCUAUGUGACACUUUUGUCCAUUUUGACAAGUGAAGGUCUCAGGUGACAUGAAAA